UACCAGUUACUCUUUGGGUCAAGUGUUGGUUAUUUGUAACCCUAGCACAAAUAAGAUCCAACUUAUACAAGCACACAGUAGAGCGGGUUCCAAAGAGGACUAGACAUCUGUAGUUCUUGACAUUCAAGCAUUUGGCGAGAUGUCAACAUUUCAUAGAGUACUUUAAAUGUUUUGGUUUGAGAGCUAACGCAGCAUUUCCCACCGGUCAACACGGAGCAGCCCAGGCAGAACACGAAGUCUACUUCCCUCAACAGCAGACGUUACACUCAGCUGCAGAUCCAAUCUUGCCUACAGAGACCAUAAAAGACUGGAAAAACUUGGAUCAUUAGUGAAAAAACACUUUGGCCACUUCAAGAUGACAAGCACUCACUGGACUACAUUACUUGAUUGAAAAGAACUUCGUAUUAUCGAAAAAAAAAUUUUAAGGACACGGUGGGCUGACGAUAUUCACGGACCUGCGUGCAUUACGCGGAGGCUUCCCGAGCUGAGUGGCCUCCGCCCACUGCGCUGCAGGCACCACCUCUGGAAGCCUCGCGAUGAACGCCACCACCACGGCGCCCCCGGCGGAGCCCUGCUUCCGGAACACCCUCAUAACUCAGAGAAUCGUUCCCGUGCUGUACUUCCUGGUCUUCAUCGCCGGGAUCCUGCUCAACGGCGUGUCGGGAUGGAUAUUCUUUUACGUGCCCAGCUCCAAGAGUUUCAUCAUCUAUCUCAAGAGCAUUGUUGCUGCUGACUUCCUGAUGAGCCUGACUUUUCCUUUCAAGAUUCUGGGCGACUCGGGCCUGGGCCCCUGGCAGCUGAGGGUGUUCGUGUGCCGGGUCUCUGCCGUGCUCUUCUACGUCAACAUGUACGUCAGCAUCGUAUUCUUCGGGCUCAUCGGCUUUGACAGGUACUAUAAAAUCGUGAGGCCUCUUCUGACUUCCUUCGUUCAGUCAGUGACGUACAGCAAACUCCUUUCGAUGGUGGUGUGGGUGUUCAUGCUCCUCCUCGCUCUGCCCAAUAUCAUCCUGACCAACCAGAGUGCUGGGAAGGGGACGCCGAUACAAUGUAUGGAUCUUAAAAACGAACUGGGACGGAAGUGGCACGAAGUAUCAAACUACAUUUUCGUGGGCAUUUUCUGGAUUGUGUUUCUUUUGUUAAUCAUGUUCUACACUGCUAUCACGAAGAAAAUCUUCAAGUCCCAUCUUAGGUCCAGAAAGAAUUCCAUUUCUGUCAAGAAGAAAUCUAGCCGCAAUAUAUUUAGCAUCAUGUUUGUCUUCAUUGUCUGUUUUGUACCUUACCACGUCACCAGAAUCCCCUACACACAUAGCCAGAUGGGACCUCGCUACAACUGCCAGUCAAAAGAAACCUUGUUCUAUGCAAAAGAAUUCACUCUGCUACUCUCAGCUGCCAACGUAUGCCUGGACCCUAUUAUUUAUUUCUUCCUAUGCCAGCCAUUCAGAGAAAUCUUAUGUAAGAAAUUGCACAUUCCAUUAAAAGCCCAGCAUGAUUCAGAAAGUUCCAAAGUCAAAAGGGGAAAUGCAAUGCAAGAAAGCACAGAUACUUUCUGAAUUCCUACUUCUUUCAAAUAAAGUCUGUGUAUACAUAUUAUAAUCUUCAAGUACAUAAUAAUAAAUAAAAAACAGGUCCAUAAUAAUAAGUAUCAUCGCUAGGCAUUACUAAUUUAGUACAAUAAUAAAACUGAAAUAUGUUCCCAUGUUAUUUUUCAACAUCUAAGAAAAAACAUGACAUACAUUGUUCAGUUUUACUCCACCAAAACAGAAGGUUUACAUUUAUAAUCAUGAGUCUGGUCAGUUAAUGUAGAACUUUAAAUAGCAAAUAAAAUAGGAAGCAAUCAAGACAAAUUAACAGGGGCGUCUUCCUUCUCUAAACACAAGUAGUAAGUUACAUGAUUUUUUUUUUCAACAGGGUCAUUAAAGACCAACUUAAAAGCAGACACAGUUUGAUACAGAAAGGUUUGUUUGUAGAACAGUCACUUUUUCUCAGAUUUGAAAAAAUAGGAUAAGCAGACAUAUACACACACAAAUCACUCAAGAAAUCCCCUGCUGAUUAAUCCCAUGUCAUUUCAAAGAAAAGCAGAUAUGAAUUUUGCAAUAAAAAUUGUAUUUUUUUCUGACACCAUUUUAAGGCUAAUACAGUAUAUAUUUCAGAAUGUGUUAUAUGAAGACUUGUUAAGCCAAUUAAUGAGCCUGAGGUUCUAGUGUCGAUAUUUUUAAGUGGCCUCUACUGAAGGAAGUUAGAUACUGGCAUGUGUUGCCAACAACUUCCCCCUGUCCAAUGGGAACCAAACAAUAGGGUGACUGGGAAAAAGAUACACACAUACACACAUUCCUCCAUGCUGGCAAUACACAUUAGUCUCCAGAGGUGGGGAAAGCAGUUUAGAUAAAAACAGAAUUGAUAAGAAAAUCUAAAAUUUACAAGAAAUUACACAUAAAAUGAAAAUGUACAUAUCACAUUUUCUGAAAAAAUAGAAUAUUCACAGAUAUGGGACACGGUUGCUGGCUCAACAUUCAUCAAAACUAAAUUCUUUCUCAGUGAUUAACUGGCUACAAGACAUUCAGGCCAUCUUUCAAAUGUUCUUAAACAGGUUUGUAAGUUUAUAUAUGUCAUGCUUUCUUAUAUAUGUAUGAAUAAAGGAAUUAUUUUUUAAUGUUUUUUCUUAAUAAUCAAGAUAUGAAAAAACAUUACCAGAUUUCCUCAUAGUGAAGACAUGAGUGGUUUCUUUAAUAUGAUCAGUUACUCAUGCUAAUGGAAGGAAGACAGUUAUAUAGAGAAUUCAGAAAUUCUAUUUGCCACAGAGUUUUCAAAAUUUUUCAUAUGCUAUAGGACCUCAUUAGAUUUUAGGUAGAAAAUUCAGAAAAACACCUUAAAUUAAGGAAGAGCUGGGGAGAUUUUCACACUCUGUCUACUUUCUACCCUUAUAAAAGCUCCCUAUCCCAACUCUCAGGAAGAGCAAAACCAGCAACCUGUGAUAAACAUGCUGAGCAAAACUAAGCUUGCUUUAUGUAUUUGGCUACAUAAAUCUGCAGAAGAAACUGGCUGUGUUUAUUCUUCACAAUUUCCAUUGGCCAGGACAAGUUACUGAACACUGGUGUCUUCCAUGACCCCUUCUGGGCCAUGGGAGACAAUGUAAGUAAAAAAGAUAAGCAGCACACAGCUUCUGUUUCUUUUGUUAAUUGUAACUGUUGUGCUAAAGCAGAUCAGAAAUGAGAAAGGUAAAAUCUUGCAGGAAACGGUAUGCAAUGCAGUUAAGGGUACUAAGCAAGAGUUGGGUAACAGGUUACUGCACAUGAGAAUUUUAAGGUCCAGGGCUACAACAAAAAAUGAAGCAGUUGAGCAAUGGAACAAUGGAUUAAUAACCCAGAAAUACUUCUGAGAUCACCAGUGACUUUUUUUUCAAUUAUUUUCCGGAAUAAUUUGUUUCUUUUCUGUGGCUAGUUUUAAAUAAAGCUUGUAAAUAUGUAUUUGCUA